AUGUCGCUAGCAACUGAAUCGUUAGAAUUCAGAGGAGAAAUAGGAGAGGAAAUAAGUUCAAGGGACUUUCUGAAAAAAGCAGAAGUACGGCUAUUGAUGAUGAACAUAGCGGAAGCUCGAUUCACGAAAAAAGUACACCUGUUCUUUAAAGAUGGGAGCAGAGUACAAAGGUGGUACGACAAAUUGGAAGAAGCAUCGAAAGGCGAAGAUUGGGACGAGUUCAGGAAACUAUUCCUGGUGGAGUUCCCGGCAAAGGAAAUGGCAGAAGUAUCGGAGGCAGAUAUGAGAAAGGAGCUGUUAACGAAGAGAAUAACGACGGAGGAAUUAGGAACCAAAGAUAAAAGCACAAAGCAGUGGACUCACUGCAAAUUUGCGGACACAUUGCUGGAGUAUGCAAAGGCAGCAGGAAUCGCAGAUACAUCAACAGAUAUCCUCAGCAUACACGCAAACUUACCGUGCAUCCUAAGAAGGCAAAUGAAGGAUACGGCGAAGAAUUGGGCAGAUUUUGUAAAGGAAAUUAAAGAAGUGGACAGUGAAUGGAUCAAGGAAGAGAAAGCAGACGAGGACAGAAUCAAAAAGUUAGAAGAAAGAAUAGCGACGCCGGAAACACCUAGAACCAGGACGGCAAACUCGUUAGCCAAUCUACAACUGCAGACACCCUCGAAUAACACCCAACGUUAUACAGCACCACAGAAUCGUAGUGCAGGAGCAGUAGGGGAGAACCUCUUCACGUCAACAACAGGAGGUCAAGGAAACCUAUUCCAGGCGAAUGGCCCACGCCGUCAGCAACAAGGUAGCCAAAGCUAUGGACCAAGACUCACAACAGAGCAGAAGGAGGUGCUAAAGCAAAACCUCAAUGCGUACACGCAGCAGGCGAACUCACCAGACGGGAUAAACAAGUGGAAGACGGAAGCACGCUACCACCAGGAUCAGGAGAAUGCUUUUGAUGUGGGAAAGCCACACAUGGCAGAGGAGUUGUUUGCACUUCGACGACAACCAUCACGGACCUAG